UCUCAAUGCCUGUGUUGACUCACUACUACAGUGAUACUAUGGCACAGCGCUUCUGAUACCGUCUGAUUCAUUCUGUGGCGGUACAGGCAGCCAGCAGACCAUUCUCCAUGAGGAGCAGUAGAAGAUGCCGGCUCUGCCAGCACUGCUGCUGUCAAUACACUUCCUCUCCUUCCUGCUAGUUACCAUGUCGCCACGCUCCCUCAGUCAGGCCCCCCUGCUCUCCUCCGUCCGGAUGGCUGCAAUCCUGGAUGACCAGUCUGUGUGUGGGCGUGGGGAGCGGCUGGCGCUGGCCCUGGCCAGGGAGAACAUCAACAGCGUGAUGGAGGGUCCGGCCCGAGCCCGCGUGGAGGUGGACAUAUAUGAGCUGCAAAAAGACUCCCAGUACGACACUACAGACACCAUGUGUCAGAUUCUACCCAAAGGCGUUGUCUCUGUGAUAGGUCCCGCCUCCAGCCCCGCCUCUGGCUCUACUGUCAGUCACAUAUGUGGGGAGAAGGAGAUUCCUCAUGUAAAAAUUGGACCAGAGGAAACUCCUCGCCUGCCGUACCUGCGCUUUGCCUCUGUUACUUUGUACCCUAGCAACGAGGACCUGAGCCUGGCCAUAGGAGCCAUCUUGCGCUCAUUCAGCUACCCCUCAGCCAGCCUGGUCUGCGCCAAGGCUGAGUGCCUGCUGAGAUUGGAGGAACUGGUCCGCCGCUUUCUCAUCUCUCGGGAGACCCUGUCAGUCAGGAUGCUAGAUGACAACCUGGACCCUACGCCGCUGCUGAAGGAGAUCCGAGACGACAAAGUGGCCACGAUCAUCAUUGACGCCAAUGCCUCUGUCUCCUAUCUCAUCCUCAAGAAGGCAUCAGAGCUAGGGAUGACAUCAGCAUUUUAUAAGUACAUCCUCACCACAAUGGACUUCCCCCUACUGAGACUGGAUGACAUAGUCGAUGAGCAGUCCAACAUUGUCGGCUUCUCCAUGUUUAACACCACCCAUCCUUUCUACUUGGAGUUCAUCCGGAGCCUCAACCUGUCUUGGAGGGAGGGCUGUGACCUGACGUAUCCGGGCCCUGCGCUUUCGUCAGCGCUGAUGUUUGAUGCGGUGCACGUGGUGGUGGGGGCGGUGAGGGAAUUGAACCGCAGUCAGGAAAUUGGAGUGAAGCCACUCAGCUGCACCUCACCUCAGAUCUGGCAACACGGGACCAGUCUUAUGAACUAUCUGCGCAUGGUGGAGUACGAUGGUCUGACAGGGCGAGUGGAGUUCAACAGCAAAGGUCAGAGGACCAACUACACCCUGCGGAUCCUGGAGAAACACAGAGGAGGCCACAAAGAGAUCGGAAUCUGGUACUCAAACAACACCCUGGCAAUGAACUCCACUAGUCUGGAUAUUAAUGUCUCGGAGACGUUGGCAAACAAGACCCUGAUUGUCACCACCAUACUGGAAAACCCAUAUGUGAUGCGUAAAGACAACUACCAAGAAUUCCAGGGAAAUGACCAGUAUGAAGGCUUCUGUGUUGACAUGCUGAGGGAACUGGCAGACAUCUUGAAAUUCUCCUUCAAGAUCAAGCUGGUGGAUGAUGGCCUGUAUGGGGCCCCAGAGCCCAACGGCUCUUGGACUGGCAUGGUUGGAGAGCUAAUCAACAGGAAAGCAGACCUGGCUGUGGCAGGUUUCACCAUCACAUCAGAAAGAGAGAAAGUUAUUGACUUCUCUAAGCCGUUCAUGACCCUGGGGAUCAGCAUCUUGUACAGAGUUCAACUGGGUCGGAAGCCCGGUUAUUUCUCCUUCCUCGAUCCCUUCUCUCCAGCCGUCUGGCUCUUCAUGUUACUCGCCUACCUGGCUGUCAGCUGUGUGCUCUUCCUGGCUGCAAGGUUAAGCCCCUAUGAGUGGUACAACCCUCACCCAUGUCUGCGAGAGCGCAGAGACAUGCUGGAAAACCAGUACACUCUGGGAAACAGCUUGUGGUUCCCUGUUGGAGGCUUCAUGCAGCAAGGUUCAGAAAUAAUGCCCAGAGCCUUAUCCACCAGAUGUGUUAGUGGAGUGUGGUGGGCAUUUACUCUGAUCAUCAUCUCCUCCUACACGGCCAACCUGGCAGCCUUCUUGACUGUCCAGCGGAUGGAGGUUCCCAUAGAGUCUCCGGACGAUUUGGCCGAUCAGACCAACAUUGAGUACGGCACGAUCCACGGAGGGAGCACCAUGACCUUCUUUAUGAACUCAAGGUACCAGACCUACCAGCGCAUGUGGAACUACAUGAACUCCAAGCAGCCGAGUGUAUUUGUGAAAAGCACAGAGGAAGGCAUCGCCCGCGUGCUCAACUCCAAGUAUGCCUUCCUAAUGGAGAGCACUAUGAACGAAUAUCACCGUGGCCUGAACUGUAAUCUCACACAGAUCGGAGGCCUGCUGGACACCAAGGGCUACGGCAUUGGCAUGCCACUGGGAUCUCCGUUCAGAGAUGAGAUCACACUGGCCAUCCUCCAGCUGCAGGAGAAUAACAGACUGGAGAUACUGAAGAGGAGGUGGUGGGAGGGAGGCCAAUGUCCCAAAGAGGAGGACCACCGUGCCAAGGGUCUGGGCAUGGAGAACAUUGGGGGCAUCUUCGUGGUGCUGAUCUGUGGCCUCAUUAUCGCUGUGUUUGUGGCCAUUAUGGAGUUUGUGUGGUCGACACGCCGCUCGGCAGAGACUGAUGAGGUAUGCCCCCAUACCUGCCCUCGCCGACCCCACAGACACACCCCAGUGUCUGUCUGUCAGGAGAUGAUCACAGAGUUCAGAAACGCCGUUUCUUGUAAAAAGAGCUCCCGUAUGCGCCGCAGACGGCCCCUGAGCAGCUCGGCAGCCUUGCGCCACCCUACCCGCAUCGCUCUGGGGGCCCCUCGGCCCCUGCGCUUGGUCCGGGAGAUGCGGCUUAGCAACGGCAAGCUGUACAGUGGAGCUGGCCCCCUGACAGGUGGAGCUGGAGGAACGGGGCAGCCAGAUCUGGGGCCUGGGCCCCAAAGGAUCCUAGAUGAUCCACUUGGAGCAAACACCACCCCACCUCCACCUGCCCCUACCCCUGUGAUGCUGCCUGCCCGCAGCUGCACUCAUGUGAGGAUCUGUCAAGAGUGCAGAAGGAUCCAGAGCCUGAGAUCAGGUAGCAGUAUAGGAUCAACGUCAACAAGAAUACCACCUUCAUCUGCCCCCCUGCCCCGGAUACCACCACCCCCACCCCCAUCCUCCUCCAACACAGACAGUGAGGGUGGAGGGGUGCCCAGCCCAAGGCGACUACAUCACAGCCCCCCAGCUCAUGCCCCUCGACCCAUUCCACCUCCACAGAGCAGCAACUCCACAGACCUACUGGGGGACCAGGACUGAGGCUUGAAGCAGUGAGUUCGAGGUGGCAGGGUGAGAUACAUGGUUGAGGGACAUUUGUGUUGUCUAGAAAAACAAUAUUUCCACAGAUCAAGUUCACAUGAGAACUUAAAGGUUUGAGAUGAAGGAGGAACAGAGAAAAAAACAAAAACAGAGUUGAACUCAUGACAAGGCCAGCCAACACAAAGAGAGAUGACCUUCAAAAGGAUAAGAAAUGUGGAGAAAACCAAGACUUCAUCCAGUCAACCUUCAGAACUAAAGACACAGAACUGGCUGUGAGGUGGUCAUCGGUUCAGCAUCUGUAUUCAGCUCAGAAGAACAGUUCAGUUUGGAUAAGUCAGAGAAAAAAAAUGCACAUGACCACAUUUCAGUGCCCAGUGGCCUCCUUUUGUCUCCUUACUCCCCUCUCACGUCACUUCUAAUUUGAAGGUGCUGGUUUUCUUUCACAGACACUUCACUGGAAGCUAACUGGCCCUUUACUGAAAUGAAGCUUUGCUGGAUGACAUACUGUCUUUGUAUGUGAUUUUAAAAAGCAACUGAAAGACUUCCAGAGAAAUAUUUACUGAUGGCUUUUUUUUUUUCCUUUUGUUGUCUUUUUGUUACCAUUGUUCAAAGUGGGAAUUUCAGAGUUAAAUACAGACUAUGUGUGACAUUAUGGUGGAUUAUAACAUACCAAGAAACUUGACAACAGCUAAUUGUGUUCAAGAGUUUUGUGUCCCUCCCUGUGCCCCAUAGCUGCUUUUUGGAUGGGAUCAGGGAAGCUGGAUGAAACAACUUCAAGGCAACGUAAUGCAAACAGUAGCAGAGAAAACUGUUGGUCUGCCUUUCUUUACACUGUGUGUGCGUGUGUAAAAUUUGUGCUUCCUGUAAGUUUGUCUGUAACUGCUCAAAACGAGGAGAAUCAUGUACCCAGCAACAGCUCCUUUCUACCAAUGUUAGAUAUUCAGUCACAAAAAGGGAGAGAGAGAGAGUGCGAGCGAACAAGAGGCUUUGAAAUGUGAAAUUAAUGUCCCUCGUUAUCCCGGGUAACGCUUGCCAAGCCCUUACUUCUUUUCACCUCUGUUCACACCAUGUAGACAAGAUAGAAAGACUGGGCAAACCAGAGACAGAGAGGCAAGAUAGAGAAGAAGAGAAAAAGAGGAGGUGGAAAGAGCCAGACAGUAAAAAAAAGGACACUACAGAAUUUGAAUAAGAAUUCCCUCACUGAACUAUUUCCAUUAUUAGAUCUGUCCUGAUCUGUUAAUUCUGGGCAUCUUUUAAGGGGCUUGUUAAUGCGCCAACAGGCUGUAGCUGCGGCUUCCUUCCUUCUCUCUGUUCGACAGACUGACUUGGCCGUCCACAGUAGCGGCUCCUGCCAGUAUGAUAGAUUCAACACAGCCUUGUCAAUACUGUCUCAAGCUUUUGAUCACCUAAUUACUCCCCUAACUGACUGGGGACUCAUUCGGGAGGGGGGGGGGGGGGCACGAAUACAGGCAAACAUGCUGAUAAAUAGAUGUAGGAGAAAUGUUUUCUCUCUGGCUGGGAAUCGAAUCUCUUUUAAUUAUGUUGUUAAUGUUAUAGCCUUACAGUUCUACGAAACUCCAGUGAAAACAAACUCUAGUGAAUAAGCAACGUGUGCCUAAAGGGGAAAAAUACUGGUGGGUUUGCAUGUUUUGCCCUUUUGCUUAAAACUUUUAAGUUUUUACUCAACAUACAGUAACUUCAUCGACCAGUUUCCAGCAACCAGCACACUGCUUUCAAGCACCAAAUAACUGUGGCAUGAAAAUCAAGAAAGCGAAUGCGUUGCAUACAGAGGAUAUCAGAAGUGCGUGUUUCUUUUUAAUUGUCAACAAAUUCCUGUUGAACUAAGGGACAUGUUCCUGCAAUACAUGACAGUGUAUUAUUCUUUAAUUCACUCUCACAUGGACCGUUUUAUUGCCGUAAAUACUCACUAAAACAACCAGUGCCUGAAAAUAGUCCCCUAAUAAAUACACCCUUUACUAUUCUUUCUCCUACAUCUGCUCAAAGCUGCAGUGACCAGCUGUGAUGCCUUUUUAAAAUGGGAUUGCACUUGUGCCAGAUUUAAAGAUACAGGCAAUGUUUCCUCAUCCUCUAUCCUUCAUCUGUUUGUGGGUAGCGCUAUCAUCGUAUUCACUCAGAUACAGUUUAGUGUUUGCCCUGUUGCUGUUUAAGUAAAAAAAAAAAACAACAAAAAAACAGAUCAGAUCAGUUUUAUGUCAACAGUAAAUCCAAUUAUUUACAUGAAUGCAUGGCGGGCAGCAAGCAUGUUGCUCUCAUUACAUCAAAUGUAGACAUAAUUCAUUUUAUAUGCUGCCACAGUAUACCGUAUGUACCUCUGCUGAACAGUUCAUCUUCAUAUUACGUUUGCAUGAUUAAUGCAGACAUAUUACUCAGAAUGUUGAUGUUCCAUUAUUAUCGUGUGCUGCAUUUGCAUUUUCUACAGGUCAGUGACUCAGUGUGCACUGAACCUGUUGCCCAGUCAGUUCCCAAAUUAAUCCUUGCCGAAUGAUUCACUACUUAGUGGACUGGGGGGGAGUUCGAUACACCCACUUAGUUGUGGUUGGUGUACUUACAGUGACAGUUGUAAUAAAGUCUUUCUGGAACACCAACAGUCAAGAUUUAAGAGUUAGCCAAUGUAACGUUUAUAGUAUAAGACAGCGCCCAUGUUUUCUUAUUGGGUUUCUUCACAGAUUGAUUUCCUGACAGAGUUUAUGAAUGUAAUGCUUUAGAAGCUUAUUCUUAAUUAUUGGAAACCACAGUGUCCCUGCUCCCUGCAAGUAUCUGCGCCCUUUUUGUCUCCCUCUUGCCUCUAGUUUGGGAUUGUCAUUUUCCAGUGUACAUAUGUGCAUAAAACCCCAAUUGUUGCAUCUUCCAAAUCCCACCUGCAGCAGCCCAUAUCCAGCAGUAAUGCAAAGUCUAUGAGAUAACGUGCAAAGCCACCAGUUCACCCUUGACAAAUCCCUCAGAGAAAUGAAGGCAUUGUUGUCUAGGCUAACAUUGCAUUGCUAUAUAAUGUUAUUCAUUUUGCAAGGAAGCAGAUUUGUUGACAGUGUUGUGCUCCAGAUAACGAAUGAUAACAUUGUUUGCACACAUUAUGCCGUUUCUCUGAAUGAUUGCUGUCAGCAGAAGCAGGCUUGAUUUGAUGCCUCUCUCUCUCUUCCCCUUUCUUUCUUCCUCUGUUUACUUCUGCCUUUGUGUCCAGAUUGCUGACAGGAGCCAACCUUUUCCACAAAUCUUCACAGCGCACACAAACAAUAACACACUCAUCCACGAUGUCUCCGUCUCCGAUUCCUUUGUUGUCUAAAGUGUGUAAACCCACUGGUUGUUUGUUGUUUUCAAAGUUGUGUUCAGAGUUUUUUUUUUUUUUAAAUGGCUUCUUUGGUUCGUACAAGUUCUGGAAACCUGAUAUGUGACAGUACCACACAGCCAUCAAGUGGCCACAAACAGCUUCAAACCAUCAGCUGAAAGCAUUUACAAGCUGCAAAGCAUUACUGUGGAGAGGAAAGAGGAGGGUACAAGCCCUAAAAAAGCCAAAAUAUUGCUAGUAUUAAUCUAAAUGGGAAGGGAGGGUCACAAAACAAGUCAAAUGGGGUGUCUGAACAUUCACUCCACGAAACAAACAUUUGUUUACUUUUCUGUUGUUUUCUUUGGUAUUUUUUCAUAUUUCUAUACUAGUGCUAAAUGGAUUAUUAAAACUGAUGAAUAUUAUGAUGAAAUUGUUAUUAUUCCUAUUGAAGAGUGAGAGGCUCUUUGGUGUGCGUGUGGGUGAAGGGUGGAGGAUGGGAGGUGUUGGGAUGAAGGUGAAAUGAUGUUCUUCAGAGAGACCGCCCUGUUGUUCAAACCUA